CUUUUGACAGGUGAUAAUGGAUUAAAUUUAUUUAUUUUACUGUGUGUGAUAAAAGCGAUAAUUUGAUAACACACUGCGUUGGGUUCCACUCUGACUGAGCUUGUUCUCGGAUGCCCAUGCGUCCAUUGAUUUGCAAUCAUUCGUGAUCUCUAACCUAACGCGGGCUGUCGCCUUCUGUUUUAAUUUUCGUAUCUACGUUCGUGUAAGGUUUUUGCGAUGGCUGAGAAACAAUUAAAAAACAGAGUUUGCAUAAUUGGAUCGGGCAAUUGGGGAUCAGCCAUAGCAAAGAUUGUUGGCAAAAAUGCAGCAAGAUUGGCAAACUUUGAAGACCGGGUCACAAUGUGGGUAUAUGAAGAAAUGAUUGAAGGGAAGAAGUUGACAGAAAUUAUCAAUGAAACACAUGAAAAUGUUAAAUAUUUGCCUGGUCACAAACUGCCCCCCAAUGUUGUAGCGGUCCCCGACGUGGUAGAGGCGGCAAAGGACGCGGACCUGCUCAUUUUCGUUGUGCCACAUCAGUUCGUCAGAACAAUAUGUUCCACACUCCUCGGAAAGAUAAAGCCCACAGCGGCGGCACUUUCCCUGAUAAAGGGCUUCGACAUCGCCGAAGGUGGCGGCAUUGACUUGAUCUCUCACAUCAUCACGAGGUGUCUGAAGAUCCCGUGCGCGGUGCUUAUGGGGGCUAACAUUGCGUCAGAGGUCGCAGAAGAGAAGUUCUGCGAGACCACAAUCGGUUGCCGAGAUGUGAUGCUUGCACCGAUGAUGCGUGAUAUCAUUCAAACAGAGUACUUCAGAGUCGUCGUGGUCGACGACGAAGACGCCGUCGAGAUCUGUGGAGCCCUCAAGAAUAUCGUGGCCGUGGGCGCGGGUUUCGUGGACGGCCUGGGCUUCGGCGACAACACCAAGGCCGCCGUGAUCCGGCUGGGCCUGAUGGAGAUGAUCAAGUUCGUGGACGUGUUCUAUCCAGGGAGCAAGCUUAGCACCUUCUUCGAGUCGUGCGGCGUGGCCGACCUCGUCACCACUUGCUACGGUGGUAGGAACAGGAGAGUGGCGGAAGCCUUUGUGAAGACUGGCCGCUCCAUCAAGGAGCUGGAAGACGAGAUGCUCAACGGACAGAAGCUGCAGGGACCCAUCACCGCUGAGGAAGUCAACCAUAUGCUGGCCAACAAGAAUAUGGAGAAUAAGUUCCCUCUGUUCACCGCCGUGUUCCGCAUCUGCCGAGGCGAGCUCAAGCCCAGCGACUUCAUCGACUGCAUUCGCAGCCAUCCGGAGCACAUGAAACAGCCGGCGCCCAAAUGUUCUCUGUGACCCGAGUGAAUGGCCACCAGUUCGCAUCCACUUGAGACUCGCAUUCCUGUCUGCACUUGCACCUUAUGACGCUACUCUUCUCUUGUACGCUGUUCGGAUUCAGUUUUUGUCUAGAACAUUCAUAGAUAAAAUUAGCUAUUUUAAAUUAGACAUUGGCAAACAUUAAACAUGUUUUAGACAAAAACUAACUUUGUACAGUAGAAUAAAAUCUAACAUACACAAUGAGUUCAGAGAGUGGAUAUUUAAGAUUUACCUACUUAAAUAUUUGAAAUAUUCAAUGUAGUAGUAGAUAUAGAACGUUAUGUGUGUUAGAUUUAUUGAAGCCAUUGGCACGAAUUCCAUUUUAUGUGUGAUCAAUGAUCAUAGUUGGUAGGUAAAAUGUGUGUUCAUGAUAUAAUACUGUUAGACCUGUGUGUUAGACAUUUAGAGGAAAUGCUUUUUUUAUUCUAGUCUAAUGUCAAAACUCCUAAACAUUUACCGGGAAAAUCCGUGUAAGUUUUCAGUUUGCUUGGCUUGCAUAAAGCAUUUAAAACAAAUAUGAACAAAUAUAUUGAAUGGCUUAUCAAUUGGUUAAUCAUUUGUUUUUAUAGUGUAUGAUUACUUAAAAAAAUAGUAUUACGAUUGUUAGAUUAUCAAGUCUAACAAUUAUUUACAUUUUUUUAUCCAAUAAAUUAUUGUCAUAAAGAUAUCGUCAUGGAACUGGCGAACUCUUACACGAGUAGAUUGGUAUUGUUCUUAGUUGCCAUAUUAUAUUAUUUAAAACUAGCUCCGUAACUUCUAUUUAAAAUCACGUUAUAUGAAUGUUAUACGCGAUUAUGAAAUUAAGUUUAAUUUUAAAUGCAUUUACGAAAAAUCAUCGCCUUGAUUGUUAUAGGAAUAGGUAUAAGAAAAAGUACCACAUAAUAAUAUAGGUGCAAUUUUCAGACUGUUGAGCAAAUAACAUAGUAUGUUAUGAUCAUAAUUUAAAAGUUUACCAUUGUACUCGUCCUGUCUCUAAAUCUAAAUGUUACAUUCUAUCCGAUAGAAUUUAUAUUUUAACUGGCGAUAAUUAAGUCGAGAACUUUGCGAUGUGGUACGAAUAAUUCAUCAUCCUAUAUUAAAUUCAUCGGAUAGAAGACGAGUAAAGCGGAGCUGGGAAAAAUCAUUAAGAUUAGUAUUUAGUAGGAAAAAUCGUUAAGAUUAAAAGGUUUUGGUACUUAGUGGUGAUUGUGAUUUUUUUUUAAUUAUGCGAUUUUUUCCUAGUUUAGCUUGAUUCGCCAGAGUUAUCAUCCAUAAUGAGUGCCUGUGACAUAAUAUCAUUUGGUAAUUAUACCUCUCAUAAUAAUAUUCAGCCACAGUUUGAGUGCACCAUUAAAGAAAACAGAAGCCUUGAUGAACAAAAUUGCAAUAUUUCAGUGUCCAUCGGACCUGCUGGUUGUCGGUAUAUCAAGUUUAUUUUUUUCAGGCUACGGGUAGUUAGAAAAUCGCAUUGCUGUAUAAGCUAAAAUUAGGAUGAGGUAAGGUGUAGGUAUUAAGUAAAGGCUUCUGUUUUUAUUGUAACCAUUGCAAAUUUUAUUUUGCUUUCAUGUAUGUACUGCAUCAAUUUGAAUACAUAAAGUUUGUAUAAA